AUGUCUUUCCCUACAGUCUUUCUAGUUUAUAAGAUAAUCCACACUAUCGACGAGUGGAAUGACUUGUCACGCUUUGCAACCCUCAAAGUUUUUAAUGGAAACUCUAGAGAAGAUUUCUUAAAAUCCUGUGAAGAUGGAGAACUCGAUGAGGUUAUGAUUAUAUAUUACAGCAAUGAGUCUGUGAGGUUAAUCGGACAAUUAGAUCAAGAGCUUUUGUUUAAACUCCCACCAUCGGUUAGAUAUAUUUGCCACCACGGGGCAGGCUAUGAUAGUAUUGAUAUUGCAGCGUGUACAGGGAGAAGCAUUCAGGUUUCUCAUACGCCAACAGCAGUCAAUAAAUCCACCGCAGACAUGACUCUUUUCCUUAUUUUAGGAGCGCUACGUCGAAUUCAUGUCCCUUGCCUCGCUCUUCGUGCAGGCCAGUGGCGAGGCUCUACACAGCUAGGUCAUGAUCCAGAGAAUAAAUUGCUAGGAAUACUCGGUAUGGGAGGAAUCGGACAAGAGGUAGCAAAAAGAGCAAAAGCGUUCGGUAUGAACGUUCAAUAUCAUAACCGCUCGCAAUUAGUUCCAGAACUGGAGCAGAACGCAGAUUACGUGAGCUUCGAGCAUCUUAUUAAGACCAGUGAUAUUUUGAGCCUAAACUGUAGCUUAAAUAAGGCGACAAUAGGCAUUAUAGGAAAGGAUGAACUUGCUCAAAUGAAGCAGGGUGUUAUAAUAGUUAACACUGCAAGGGGUAAGCUUAUCGAUGAAUUUGCACUAGUAAAAGCUUUGGAAUCAGGCAAAGUCUUCAGUGCAGGUUUGGACGUGUUUGAGAAGGAGCCUAGCAUAGAUAGUAUGUUACUCAGUAGCCCAAAUGUGGUUCUGACACCUCAUAUUGGGACUGCUACAGUAGAAACCCAGCGAGCAAUGGAGCUUCUAGUGUUGCAGAAUAUAGAGAAUGCUCUGAAGACUGAGGCCCUACUUACUCAGGUUCCAGAACAGAUCCAAGCUUGA